UCAAUUUCAGUUUACUAUUGACAAACACAGAGUAGUAACCUAAUAACAAGUUGGGUUGAGCAACGGCGUGAACGCUGGCGUCUCACGGCUAGUAACGGGGAGUCAUCUGUUGCACGACCACCUUGAGGUGAUCAGUAUUUGAUUGAAAGGAGCCACUGCACUGUGAUUAAGGCACCAAGCUGCAUAUUAUUAUCUGACCAUUUGAAACCAUGGUGCAAAACAAAAUCACAGAGGUCACAGGAUUCCAUCGCUCCUUCAAGGGGCAAAACCCUUUCAGGACUGAUGAAUUCAUAGAUUCGGAACCCCAUGUUGACUCAUCCUUCAAGUUAGACCACUCGCCAAGGCCUGACAUGCCAUUCAGCCAGCCCAUCGAUAUCCCUGAUGCCAAGAAGAGAAAUAAAAAGAAAAAACGAUGCAGAGCCACUGACAGUUUCUCCGGACGUUUUGAAGAUGUUUACAAACUACAAAAUGAGAUUCUUGGAGAAGGGGCUUAUGCUGUUGUUCAGACCUGCAUUAAUCUGGUCACCAAUAAAGAAUAUGCAGUAAAGAUAAUUGAGAAGAGGCCAGGCCACAGUCGGAGCCGUGUUUUCAGGGAGGUGGAAAUGCUCUACCAGUGCCAGGGCCACAGAAACAUUUUGGAACUGGUUGAAUACUUUGAGGAAGAGGACAAAUUUAAUUUAGUCUUUGAGAAACUGAGAGGCGGUUCUAUCUUAACUCACAUACACAGAAGACAACACUUCAAUGAGCAGGAAGCCAGCAUAGUGGUGCAGGACAUCGCCAGUGCUCUGGACUUCCUACACAACAAAGGGAUGGCACAUCGAGACCUAAAGCCAGAGAACAUCCUCUGUGAACAUAGUGACAGGAUCUCUCCCGUGAAGAUCUGCGAUUUUGAUUUGGGAAGUGGGAUCAAACUGAAUAGUGACAGCUCUCCCAUCUCCACCCCUGAGCUCUUGACUCCGUGUGGCUCAGCUGAAUACAUGGCUCCUGAGGUGGUGGAGGCCUUUAAUGAGGAAGCUAGCAUCUACGACAAGCGCUGUGACCUGUGGAGCCUUGGCGUCAUCCUCUACAUCAUGCUUAGUGGAUACCCGCCCUUUGUGGGUCGCUGUGGAACAGACUGUGGUUGGGACUGGGGAGAGCCCUGCCAAGCCUGCCAGAGCAUGCUGUUUGAGAGUAUUCAGGAAGGCAAGUACGAGUUUCCAGAGAAGGACUGGGCACACAUCUCUCCUGCAGCCAAAGACCUCAUCACCAAGCUGUUGGUGCGGGAUGCCAAAGACCGCCUCAGUGCUGCCCAGGUUCUGCAGCACCCUUGGGUCAAGGGGUGUGCACCCAACACUGUGUCUGCAUCCAUAUUACAUCAGAGGGGUGGUAGCGCUCAGGACCUGACGUUCUUUGCAGGGCAGGCCGUAGCCAUGAACCGGCAGCUGGCUGAGAGGGAAGAGAGUGAGGAGCAGCAGUUAGAGAAUGAGCUUUUCUCCCCGCUUCUCCUCUCCUCCAGCUCCGGCUCCAUGCUGUGGUCUCCUUCCUCCAGGUCCAAGCUGGCCCUCCGCAGGAAGACCGCAGGCAGCCAGCACCGAGGGCCAGUGUGUGCUGCUGAACUACGCCAUCUCCUCGCCCCACUUGUGAUCGUAGGUGACUGUGCCUGAUCUCUACCACAUUUUCCAGCCUCCGCUCUCCACUGACGACUAUUGAUGACGCUAUCAGAAUCUUCAACUAGGCAGUGACAUCUUGACCUCUCUGCCCACUUACUUUGUGGGCUCUAUGCUCUUGUGAGAAGGACUCAUGUUUGUAGCACUUAAAAGCACCUCAAAGGCCCCUGCAAACAGUUUUGAUUGGCCACAACAAGCUUUUUACCCAGGAAAAAGACUUGUUGACGUCUGAGUCCCAGGAAUCUGUCAAUAUAACAAUGUUUACGAAAAACCUCGGGAACCAAAGGACUCUAGUUGCUUUCAUUCAUCUAAAGCUGGACCCCACCUAAGCCAUUUAAUUUCUAAGCAUCAGGAAAAACAUUCUGCUCUUUGCCUUUGAGCUCACAUGGGACCCCCCAGUGGCCGAAUCAUUCGAUUUGUUCUUAUGCCAUAUUUGAGACUUAUUUCUCACUCCCAAAGUGAUAUUGAUGGCAGACUGAGACUAUGCAAGUGUUGCUGGGACUUAAGUGGCAAAUGACUUAUUAUUCAAGUUAUCCAGGGAAGAAAUUGCAGACAUGUUGUUUCUCUGGUCUGAAUUUAUUUAUCAAGGACCUCAUUUACCAAUUUCACUCCACUGUGUAACACUUAUUUUCUGCCAAACGCGAAUCUCAGCAGUGUUUUCAGCAGAAACCUCUCUGAAUGAGUAACCGAAGUAUAUUUUAAAGCAGAAAGACUCCUCCUAUGUCAGUUCAUUGGUGUUUUACAUUCCCGUUUUGUCCUCGCACUGGAAAGUUUAGCCUUUUUCAGGGAGACGGAGCAGUGCAGCACAACUUUUGUACUUGGCCUCUCAGGAAAACAGGAAUUAGUUGCAUAAUUAUGUUUCAUCCCCUUUUGACCUGCAGUAUAAGGAACUGCCAGAGGUCCAUUUCAAGGUUCUGUAGCGAAUUUAGAGAAAUCCUCUACCAUUUUCAUUUCCAACUCCCAUUUUCACCAUUCAUUCAGUUAGUCAUUGAACAUUUCGUGAACACACGGGCUCUGUCAAUGACUCCAUUCACUGUUUGAAUAAAGGUGAUUAUUGCAUGAAAAGACCUUAAGUCCUCUGUUAGCCUUCAUUUUGUACUUGUAGACUGAUAUCUAAUGAAAAGGUGAAGCUCAGAUACGCAAUAAAACUCCAGACAUACCAAUGUGCCAUGCUGCUAUAUUACUUUGCCCAUUCCCUCGUCCCCUGCCCUCUUUUUUUUAUUUAUUGUUGGUGUGUUGGAAAGGGAGAUUUUCAUCUUCCUUUUUUAAAGUGGCAGCUUUUGUUUUUAAAAAUGUAAGGAUGUUGAACUUGUAAGAGAGAAUGUGUGGAUCCCCCCCCCCCCCCUUUUUUUUUUUUUUUUUUUUUUUUUUUCUCGGUUGUUACUGAUUUUCUGCCAUUUCUUUCUAAGAUGACUGUAGACACUAUUGUUUGACACAUUUUUUUCUUGAAUCAUGUCACCAGCAA